AUGAACGCAUCUGAAUCUUUCGAAUUCUCUAGUCAUUGUCGUGCUAUGUUUAAAGCAGCAGUCUUACUUUCUCAACAAUAUAAUAUAAAAAUUGACGGACAAUUCAUAGAAUGGCAAGUAGCACAAACUAAUGAAAAAGCAAUAAAUGCUAUCAGUAGUACAUGUCAAGCGGCAUCUGCUUCCAACAUUGUUGGUAUUGUGGGUCCAGUAUUGUCAAGAGAAACUCCUAUUAUUGCUGAGUUUGGUGAAAGAGUUGGUAUACCUGUUAUAUCAUAUGCUGCAACAGAUCCUGAUUUAUCUGAUCGAAAUGCUUAUCCUGCUUUUUAUCGUACAGUUCCUUCAGACAAUGCGACUGCAACAGCAAUUGUAAAACUAUUUCUUCGAUUUAAUUGGACUUCAUGCAUAAUUAUUUAUCAAAAUGAUGCAUAUGGAUCUGGUGGUGAAAAAGCAUUAACUAAAGAAUUUAUGAAUAAUGGUUUGACAGUUGUGGAUACAUUAGUAUUUGAUAUAGCAACGCUUCGUAUACGAAAUAAUAUGAAAAAUGUUUUAACUAGUAGCUCAACACGAAUUGUUGUAGUAUGGGCUGGAUCACGUUAUACAUCUAUAAUUUUACAAAAUGCAUUUGAUUCUGAUGUACUUGGUCCACACUUCACAUGGAUAUUAAGUUCAAGUGUUUCAUUAAACUCGUCUAAUGAAACAUUUCAUCAAAAAACAAUUGGAAUACUAACGGUUGAACCUAUAUCAGGAAAUUUUGUUCAUGCAUCAAUUAAUACAACAUUAUUGAAUGCAGCCUAUAAUAUUUGGAAACAAUAUGAACCUGAAACAUUCCCUAAGUCAGGAAAAGUAGAUGAUUUUGCAUUAUUUGCAUUUGAUGCAACUUGGUUAUUGAUUCAAUCAUUGCAAGAAUUUUGUUUAAAAACUACUAAUAAUUCUUCGUCAUGUAUAUCAUUUGUUAAUUCUUCAUUCUGUUUUGAUCGUCAUUUUCUCAACUCCGAAUCACUUUUUGAUACAAUUAAUAAUAUGACAUUUCUUGGUGUUUCUGGUCCGAUUCAAUUUAAUCGUAAUGUAACAGAUCGAAUAGAUGGUAGUUUUUAUUAUGCACAAAACUCUCGAAAUUUUUCAAAUAGACUGAGUUUUGUACCAGUAUUGAAAUAUUCUAAUCGUGAUGGUUGGCAAGAAUAUUCAAAAGCCAAUGUAAUUAUCUGGUCAGGUAGUUCGUUAGUACCUCCUACUGGUGGUGCAAAACUUGAUGGUGUGAAAUUACGAAUUGGUGUAGUUCACGCAGUUCCAUUUACAAUGAUCAAUACCGUAAUAGAUGAAUUUGGUCAGAAUACAACAAAAUUAAUUGGUUAUAUACCUGAUCUUAUUGAUCUUUUACAAAAGAAGAUGAAAUUUAUUCCAAAUAUUGAAUUAAUACCAUUGAAUCGAACUUAUGCUUCAUUAGGACAACUAGUAGAAGAUCGUAUGUAUGACAUAAUAGUAGGUGAUGUGACAAUUACUGCGACAAGAAGAGGAAAGAUUGGUUUUUCAAAUUCAAUAUUUGAUGAUUCUUUACGUCUUAUUAUACGAAAAAGUCCCGACGUUGAUAUCGUUCCCUUUACAUUCAUGAAACCAUUCUCACUGAGGCUCUGGUUAUUGAUCUUGUGUACUGUUAUUUUAACUAGUAUUUUAAUCUGUCUAAUAGAGAGAAAAAACAAUCGAAUACUAAAAAAAAAACGAAUAAUUGGUUUAUGUGCAAUGAGUGUUUGGUAUACUUUUGGUAAUCUUGUAGGAUACGGUGCAGGUCGUCUUCAUCCUAAAACACCUGCUGGACGUUUAUUAACUGCUGGUUUAUAUAUCUUAUGUUUAGUAUUAGUUGCAUCAUACACUGCAAACUUAGCAUCUGAUCUAACAAUAUCAAAAUCGAAGAAUAUUAUUUCUGGAAUUGAUGAUAUUAAAAGUGGUAAAAUAUCCUCCAAUCGUAUUGGUAUUCGUGUAGGUACAGCUAUGGAAGAAUAUUACUUAAGAGAAAUCUCUAAUGGUAAUCGAAAUUAUUAUCCAUUAAAAUCUCAGCAAGAUAUAUAUGAUAGUUUAUUAAAUAAUAUAAUCGAUGUAUCUAUUCAUGAUGCGGGGGCUGCAGAAUAUGUAAUUAAUAACGUAUAUUGUAAUUUAACAUUGGUUGGUGAAGGUUUUGAUAAAAGUGUAUUUGGUAUUAUAACACCUAAACAAUGGUUAUAUGGACAAGACUUAGAUGUUAAUAUAUUAUCAUUAAGAGAAACAGGUAGUCUUGAUAAUUUAAGAAGAAAAUGGUUUCAAAUAAAGAAAUGUUCUGAUUCAUCAUCAAUUUCUACUGCAAUUGAUAUUGAAGCAUUGAUCGGAUUGUUUAUACUCUUUGGAGGGUUUUGUAUUCUAUCAUUAUUUUUAUUUGUAUGCAACAAACUGAAAGACUUCUGCAAAAUUUCUAAACAGUUUCAAAAUGAUGACGUAUCGUUAUCUGAAAUCUUGUGUUAUUAA